AUGUCGCAGCAAGCUUCACUCCAGUCCUUCUUCACCCAGUCUUCCCCACAAGGGACAGCCCCCCCACAGAACAGGAACACUCAGGAUCCCGACCCAACCCCAUCCGGAACACAGGAGCAGGAAUUUUCCUCGACCUUCGCAACAGAAUCUGACUACAAUGACCCAUACCAACCGAGAAUUGACUAUCUCUAUCCGAGCACUGUCCCCCAUACUACGCACACCCAGACAGACCUAAACUACAUCACCUGGGCCAUUAGACAUGCAACCAGCCGGAUCUGCCCACCCUCCGACAGGAUUGAAAUCCUUGAAGAGCUGUAA